CUGGGUGGUGGAGGACAAGUCUCAGUUGCCUCUGCUUCUGAGACAGUCAGUCAGCGCAUAUUAUCACGUGGCUCGUCGUGCAUGACACCACCAAGACUCCGCAUGUGGAGGCUCAUGCUACUCUCUGUGAUCUGCACAACUUACCAUGCGCCCCAUUGAGAGCAAGAACCACUAAUCGCGACCACAAGGAGGUUACCCCAUGUGACUCAACCCUCCCUAGCAACCGGACCAAUUUGUUUGCUUAGGAAACCUGGCUGGAGUCACUCAGCAGGCCCUGGAUUCCAACUCAGGACUCCAGGGGUGGUAGUCAGUGUCAGUACUUGCUGAGUUACCCAGGCCCCCAAUAACUACUAUUAUUAUUAUCAGGGCCUGAAAUUCGGCACAGGAUAGCAGGUAUUGCGCACAAAUGUAAUCAAUAAAUUUCGCACUAUUUUAUACAUUUUAACAUGUAGUGGAGAACUGGUAUCCAAGCCAUACAGAUGAACAAAUCAAAUCAAUAAUCUUGUCUUCUUAUCAAACUAUAAUUCCACAGUCUGGACGAAUAAUUCAGCUUUUCUGCAUCUCUCUCACAUGGUUGUGGCCAUACGCACGUUUGGCAAAGACGUUUGAAUUGAGGGUUGAAAGCCAUUGAGUUUAAUUUCUGAGUCUAUGGUGCCAUCUACAGGUAAAACAACGUGAUUUGCCCACUCAGCUAAACAGAAAGAAUUGUCCGAGUUUUUACUGCCAUCUAGAGGAAGCACAGCGUUACUGUGCGCGUGCACGCGAAGGGGGGUUGGCUCCACCAGGCAGUCGGAAUUAGGCGCAACACCUGCAUAUCGUGGCGCUCCAUCAUACAAAUACAGCACUAAGAAAGGCAGAAAUAGUGCAAUAAAUAAAUAAAUAAAUGCCUUGAAUGCAACCAGAACUGCUCAGCUGCAGGGUGAAGACUGAAGAGAAAUAGUUAAACGGCUAUUAGGCUACAUUUCUCAUCUCUCUAGAGCCGUUUUAAUAAAUAUGAAAUGAACAUAAACAAUAAUAAUAUAGUAAUAUUAAUACAAUAGUAUUACAAAUAUAGGCUACAUGAGAAAAUAUUAUCAAUCUAUCUUUAAUAUACAUAUAAGCAAGGUUCUCUCAAGAUUUAAUUUAUAAAAACAUGCCAACAUUAAACUGACAUUUUUAAUGCAACUGUUAAUUAUUGACUUGUACUCUUAAAGUGAUAGUUCACUCAAAAAUGAAAAUUCUGUCAUCACUUACUCACCUUUGUGUUGUUGCAAACCUGUAUGACUUUCUUCCAUUGAACUUAAAAGAUGUUAGGGAGAAUGUUAGUUUCAGUCACCAUUCACUUUUAUUGUAUGCAAAGUAAGAUGCAGUGACAGUGAAUGAUGACAGAGACAUAUUAGGCCUACCUAGCAUCUCCUUUGGUGUUCUACAGAAGAGGCACAUUCGUGCAGACUUGAGGGUGAAUUAUGACAGAAAUUUCAUUUUUCUGUGAAUUGCCGUCUAACUACCUACUAAAGUAUUUGUUAAAAGGUAUCAGCCAAGAACAAGAACAUAGUGUAAGUCAGUACAUGAUUGCAUCACGUCUUGCUGGGAAACAAGUGACUGAAGAGAAAGGCCGUAAUGUAGACGGUAUACUUAUAAAAAUAAUAAUUCUAUCUGAAUAAAAACAGAGGUAAGCUUUGAGAAAAGUAGCAUGAUAUUUAGGCGAGAUUGUUGUAAAAUUUCAGAUGUUUUAGUAUUAUAAAUUUUAUCCCCCCAAAGCGCAUUAACCAAACAAAGAGGGUGGUGGAGCAAACACUGGUCUGAUCACACUUUUACUCCAACUAACACUUAAAAUAUUUCUUGUUCUCCGUCUGGGUCGCUCGUUUUGUACAAUUUUUAUAUAACAUCUUAUGUAAACCGGAACCAAAACAAAGUCCAGCGGCAAACAUCAUGGCGCCGCCCAGUGGUUGGUCAGGAAAAUUGUGGAUGGUGCAAGAACGUAUUUAGUGUGAACGGCCCCUUAUGCUGUCUUUUAGUGAUGGGAGGUAUCCCGUCUAAUUAGGACGUAAAAAUUACAUGAAAUUAGAUGUCUAAUAUCAUGGUCAGUCCAUGUCAGACACCGGCUGUCGACUGAGAAUGUAAGCAUGCAAUUACAACAUAUAGGCAUAUAGGAGUGCCCUUUGCCGUAGUAAUGUCAAUGGACAGUGCUGAUUCGCUCUUGGGGAGCAGAUUUAAUUUCCCAAUGUGUCUCAGAUUCGUUUAGUGUGAUAAAGGAAGGAACAAGUUUAUACGCGCGUCGGAUAAACUUUCAAGGAAUAACAAGUCACCGGAUCAGAUCACACAUACUGCAAGAUCACAAGACCAAGAUGGACUUCACUCAAACCAAUUAUGGAGAAAGCAAUACAAUUACUGAGACCUGAAGUGUGAGAAUAACAAACGAGCAUGCAAAAAAAGUCAUAAGUCAAUGUGAUUUCAGGCUAGCUGCGUUAGCUGGUACAUCUCCCGAAGGACGUUCUCCUUCUGUGCUGAGCGUGAACAGUCAGACAUCAUUAUAAUAACACUGUUAUCAGAUAACUUUUUGAAGACGUUUUUAUCAAGCCGACUAGCAGCCAAAAUCAAUGUUCUCUGAGCAUUUCCAUAAUCAAAAAGAGAUAAGGGAAGAACCGUGAAAAAUGUCUGUAAGCCAUCAUUUUGAAUGGGAAAAAGAUCAAUAACAGCAUUCGUAACUAGUCUUAAAUGUAGAAUUAAUGGGCUCUGUGAUGUAAUCGGAAGGAUCAGAUUCCACUGGGAUGAGGGGCAUCUCCAUUAAAGUCAUUAUAUUGUAUUAUUCUAUGAACUUGGAGCAAGCAAGCAGUGAGCUAUUGGUGAAGUGGAGACUUGGAGAGCUGGUAAAUCUAAGCCAUACUGCUGUUUUGUUGGAAAUCAACUGGAAACCAUUUUGACAGAAGUAAUGCGAAAAUGGACACUUGUCUAUAGUGGCUAAGUUGUUAAACCACCAAAGUUUCAACAGGUGUAUCUGGAGUGGACAUUGACUCCUACUGGAAUCCUCAAGCAACCAAAACCUUGAUCCUUGAAUACCAUCAAAAUGAACCUCACCUUCCAACUCCUGGACCUCAUGCUGGAGGCUUCCAACCUCUCUCGCUGGCAGUUCAUCCAGGAAUAUUCCAUCCCUCCUCUGGUGGCAGUGCCCAGACUCCCUAGCUCCUUGCUUCCAGUGUUUGGCCUGCUCUACGUGCUCAUCUUUGGGCUUGCAGUGGUGGGCAAUGGGGCCGUGCUGGUCCUCUUAUGUCGGAGAAAGACUCUGCAGUCUCCCAGCACUUUCUUCAUUUGCUCUCUGGCACUCAGUGACCUCCUGAUCUCCAUUGUGUGUGUUCCUGCAACACUGCUGCAACACUUCUUCACCAACUGGUUGGCAGGGGAUUUUCUGUGCAAGCUAAUACCAUUCCUACAAGUGACAGCGAUUGCAUCCAGCAUGCUUACCAUGACAUGUAUUGCUGUGGAGCGUUUCCAGGGAAUCCUUUAUCCUCUGCAUGUCCGCAACAGCUACUUCCUUAGCCAUGCCUUCAAGAUGCUGGUGGCUGUGUGGCUGGUUGCCCUGGCAAUCGCAGCUCCCAUGUGGUUUGUCCAGAAAGUGGAGGUCAAAUAUGACUUCCUGUUCGAUGUCCACCAUACCAGUUGCUUGGAAGUAUGGCCAAGCCAUCAGCAGAGGAGAGCCUAUACUACCUGCCUGUCAGUUCUUUUUUUCAUGGCCCCGUUGGCGACCAUAGCCUUUCUGUAUUGGAAGAUCAUGAGAGAACUUUGGGGCAAGCACAAAGUACAUGACGUCAUGUUUCAAACUCUCCCGGAAUCUGAAAUCAACAAGAUUACCAGGAGAAAAAAACGUGCCAUAAGAAUGAUGGCCACCGUGGUGCUGCUCUUUGCUUCCUGCUGGGCGCCCUUCCAUCUGGUCUCCCUCCUGCUCGACUACGGCCAGCUAGACCUCGAUCUAGACUCCGAGUUUCUCCUGGUCAGUGUGGUUCAAAUCCUUGGAUUUAGCAAUUCAGUUUGCAACCCUGUGGUUUAUGCUGCCCUCAACACCACAUUCAAGAGGGAUUUGCUGGCUCUGCUUACCAGAGGAUGGUGCUCCAGCGGAGGUUGCUGCUGUAGCCAGGGUUCCUGUUGGUCCUGGAGGACUCACAAGCGAGUGGGCAUCUCAGCAGUGGAGUCAGUCGAACCCAGACAGGGCCUGGAGAGGACAAGCGGAAAAGGAAUCAUUAGAUCAUGGAGUAAAUUGGCAUGGGAACUGGCACCAGAGAGGCCUACAUCCAAAUUGUUCCCCAACAUGAACCUGCUUAGCACCAUCAGACCCAAAACUACCUUCAGUACUAUGAUACUAAGUGUUAUUGACCCACCACAUACAGACAGCACCUCUGGAUCUGACCAGCCUCUAACAGGGAUGCUGGAUGAAUGAAUGUUAACAGGAGAUGGCAGUGAUACCUGCCCACCAUGGAAAGUGAAACAAUCCCUGUGUCUGGCUAUGCGUACUUCCAUUCUGCACGGUAUGCAAAACACAGUACGCCAAAUGAGUAGGAUGUUAGAAUACUCAGUAUUAAUGAUACAGUAGCUGAACAACACCCAAAUGACUUACUGCAUCUGCUGAAAUGUACAACCAUUGGAAACUUUACUAUGCCAUAAGGCCAGGGGAACUAAGGAGACGUCAGAUUCAAAAAGCUGAAAAUAAAAAAUGGCAGAGAACUAUGAGUCGAGCAGCUCUUUUCAAGUUUUCAUGGUAUCAAGAAAGCAGUUCCUCAUGGUUAAAAUGUACAUUGUUACACAUGUAUUUUUGUAUUAGAUUAAUCUAGUUAGAUAAAGGGAAAAGGCAAAUUCAAUGAGCGGUGUCUUGAAAAAUUGACAUAAACAGUUUGAAGCCAGUAGAUGCAAAUGAUUUCACCUCAGGACUUGUCAGAAAUGUUGUAAAUUUGGCACAACACAAAUCAAGGCACUGGAAAUCCCACAUGAAAAGCAUAGUAUGACCCUGCCAGCAGAAACAUAUUGCCCCGUUCUGGGAAUGUAAUGCAUGAUGUGGAUGUUCAAACAGGAAACACACAUCCAACAACUUGCGGCUGCCAAUCGUCAGAGAUUUGAAGCAUGAGUUGCUCAGUGCUACUUUUAGAACUGAGGCUAUAUCUGCACAUUAAGUAUGACGGCGAGUCACUAGUGAAACAAUUUGAAAUAAUCAGCUUUUUUGUCUGUGUUAAAGAUAAACAAAAUUGUGAAGACCUCAUGUGAACAAGAAAAGACCAGUUGCAUCAUUUGACUUGGGCUCUGAACAAGCCAGAAACAUUUUCUGUUGAAGCAAGCAAGUCCAUGUUUGUAAACAUUAAUUUAAAGGGAUAGUUCACCCAAAAAGGUACAUUCUGUUAUCAUUUACUCUUAAUAUCACAUUUUUUGUUCCAUGGAAGAAAGUCAAAGGUUUUUGGAACAACGUAAGGGUGACAGAAUUAUAAAUUUUGGGUGAACUGCCCCUUUAAGACUUCAAUGUAACUUCUAGCAGUGAACUCAUUGUGUUCUGCAUUUUGCAAUUCUUUAUUUCUAGUCUUAUGUAAAUCUGUUUUUUUUUUUUUUUUUUAUCUUUUCCAGAAGUGUGUGCAGUGUCUUGUCUUAGCAAAUAUGGUUUAUAUGUCCUUGGAUGUACCUGAAGUUUACAGGAAGUUUAGAGUUUAUUCAGCAGGAGCAUGCAUAGCAGUUUGGAGGUACUCAGUUGAGUGUGGAUGCCACAGUCUCUAUUAAGCCAUCAAAAGUAGAUUUAUAACAUGUCAGUUGGUUAGAUUGCUAUGGGCAAUGGCACACUAUUCUACACUUCAAAAAGCGUGAAGGUAGAUGCAGGUUGCUUGGGGAGGGGACGUCUGGCACCCUGACAGUUCAGCUCAAAAUUACAUCAACAUGUUGAAUGUUAAAUUUAGAAUUUUAAAAGCUUUCUUGUGUAAAAGAUUGCAUUUUAAAAGAUUGUUUGUCUCUUUAUUUUAUUAGUAAUUCAUAAAAAAUUUCUAAGGAACCUGGAUGAUUUUCAUGAUUAUU